GUGGAUAGUGGACAUUGAAAAUUAGUUCAUUUUGUUGGCAUGACUACAGAAUGUAACCGCUGGGCACAAACGUCAAAUCCUGCCCUUGUGGCUCUUUAUACUGUCUUAGCACAAAACGCAACUUUAAGCUUCACAUAAACCUGAUAAAGUCUGAGCUUCGCGAGCAUGGAUGCAGAUUUUUAUAGUGGUAGCGAUGAACUACAAGGACCAGAUACUUUAUAUUUGAUUCGUCAUGUUGGUACAGUAUUACGGCAGUAUAUUGCUGAAGUUGUCAUGAAACGUCCUGUGGAUCCAAUUGACUAUUUAGGUCGUUGUUUAAAAAAUUACAUCAAAAUCAGAGAUGCUGAAUUAAAAGAAUCUAUGCAAGAAACUACCAAUGAACUGAUCAACUUACCACAUUUCAAAGAACCAAUCACUUCAUUCGAAAUUGAAAAUCAACGAAAAACUUCUCGUGUCACCACAAUCGAAUCAAAAAAUGAUGAAUAUGAUAUGGCAAGUAAACAUCAAUCAGAUGACGAAAUGCUUAUUUAUAAUGAACAAUUAAUUGAUAGUGAUCCAGUCAUCGCCGCCGCCUUGAAUGAAAAUGAUACUCAAGAAGCCAAUCAAUUGCAAAGUAGUGACGAUACAGAGAAACCAAUUAGAGAAGUAAUGAAUGAAGCUGAUGAAGAACAAAGUACAUUAAAAUUCGAUAAUGAAACGGAUGAUGAUAUCACAUUUGAAUCACCAAUUCAACAGGAGCUCAAUGAAACACCAAUAAAAGAUACUACUGAUCCUGAUGAUCAAGAUGAAACGGAAGAAGCCGGGGAUUCUGAAAUAUAAAUAAAUAGACAUUGUUUAAUGAGUUGUGCAUAUAUUUCUCCCACAUCAACGAACACAUCAGUUACAUAGAUAUAUAUGUCUAAUUAGAAGUGUUUGCUAUGUGUAUUACCACUGAAACAAACCCCAAGUAUAAGGAAUCAUGAUCAAUUAUUGGAAUACUGAGAUUUUUUGCUGUGUUUUGUUCAAUUACAAAUUGUCAUUCUGAUUUAUUUUAUUUUUGGUAUAAAUUCACGAUUGAACAUUGUUGUGUUUCAUUGAUACACCAUUGAAAUGUUUAACUGUAUUAUUCAUCAUUUCCGAUGGUUAGUUUUAACAAUCAUUGAGCGAUUUGUUCUUCCAGUUAAUCAGG